ACAGAGUCCAGAGGACAGAGUCCAGAAGAGUCCAUGGAAGUCCUUUCUCUGCCCGGGAACAACAGAGACAUCUCUGGAGAGGAGACAAACUUUGACGACUCCACGGAGGACACAGGACCGGAGACGGGGACACAGCUGAGAACUGGACCUUUAGGAUCUUCUGGAGUGAACGAUGGUGGUUCAGAGUCUGGUGGCCCCCCAGAGACUCCUGGGACGGGGAGUUAUUCAGACCAGAGUCUGAACGAGAGCCACUGCAGUGGAGGGGACGGACCCCGACCCCCCACCUGUGAGGGCCGUGGGGGGGUGUUGAAGGACAGAGAGGAGACCAUGAGUGGAGCGUCUGACGUCCUUCACGGAGAACAACUGCUUCAGCGUCUGCUGCUGCUGCAGCGACGACAGGAGGCUGAAGAACGGACAGAGGUCGAGUUCCAUACAGAAGUGAGAGGGUUAACGUCAGGGGGGCGGAGCCUAACAGAAGACGACGUCAAAGGUUUGACGUUUCAUGUCGUUACGAUGGACAGAACAAAGGUCGACCUGGUGGAGGGAGAAAAUGAAAACGUGAGCAAACCUCCGUCAGCGAUGUGGACCAGAGAGGAGGAGGAGGAAGAAGAACCCGACAGAUGGACCUCUGAAGACCUGGUUCCUCUCAGUCCACAUGGAACCAGCAACAGUCCCCGUCUGUACGACCAGUACCCAGAGGUCCAGGAGGCCAAAAACAACCUGCAGAGAACCAGAGCGGUGGUCAAUCUGGCAGAUGAUCCAGAUGUUCUGGAGAUCCCCUUUAAGACCAAAGUCUCUCUGGACCCCCACCCAGGUCUGGUUGGACCAGACCGUGGAGGUGAACCGAGGUUCUCUGAGCAGAAGAUGCAGAAAGAGAUCAGUCAAGAGAUCCAGAGAGAGCUGGUGCUGAUCAACCAGGGUUCGAUUCCUGGGGUGUACAGCAAAGGACAGACGCUCCAGUUAAAGGAGGCCAAAUUACUGUUCGAGUCCUUCCAGCAGGGGGCCACCAGGGGGCCCACCAGGCUCAGGAAACUUCCACCUGCACUGAUUCACGGUCAUGUUUAUCCCUCGGUGCUGGAGCGCACACGCAGCCUGGAGAUGUGUUCAGUUCAAGGGUGUCCGGUGGACAGAGUGCCCCCCCCCAGGCUGUCGGAGCCCCCGGCCUCUGAGAGGGUGGAAAGUCCUGGAGACCUCAGCUCUGGGGGGUCCAGAGACAGGACACGUCUCUCCCCUUACCCCAAACAAGACAAACACCCACGCCUCCACAGAUCCAUGGAGUGCAUCACUAACAGCGACUCCACAGCACCUCCUGAGGCCAGAGGCAGAACUACAGCGACCACAGGUCAAGCUUCUCCACCGCCCCAGCAGAACCCGUUCUUCAAGCUCCGCCCAGCCCUGGCUCUUCAGCCGCAGGUGGAGAAGGACAUCAGACAGGCCAGAGAGAGGGAGGAGGAGCUGCACCGGCAGAGGAGUGAGGUGUACGGAGAAACACAGGAGAAAAGUCAAGAAGGAGAAGGAGAAGAAGAGUCUCAGACGACAGGGACGCACGGAGCAGGAGACAGGCAACAUUCCACAGGAAAACUGGAGAUGGUUUGGCCCCCACCUCCCAAGAACUCCCCCCAGGAAACUGAUCAGACACAGUUGUAUGAACAGCUGCGGUUUGAAGGAACGUCCAGUGACGACAUCGUGUUCCUAAAGUCGUCCAAAAGUUCUAAUGUAUCUCUCAUCCUGUGGCAGGACGUUCAGGGAGGAGCAGGAGGAGGAGGAGCAGGAGGUCAGAGGGCUCCUCUGUGGUAG